AUGGAUUCACGGUAUCUGCCUUGGUUUCUGUUCUUUCCUGCUCUCCUUGUGGUUUCUGGCUUGCCAACUCCAGAAAACUUUGAUGUAGAUGGUGGAAUUGACCAGGAUAUAUUUGAUAUCAAUGAAGGUUUGGGACUGGAUCUUUUUCAAGGAGACAUCAGACAUACUGGGGCACAAGAAAGAAAUUCCAUCAUUGGAGAAAUAUAUAGAUGGCCUCAUACCAUUCCAUAUGUUCUAGAAGAUAGCUUGGAAAUAAAUGCUAAGGGAGUCAUCCUCAACGCAUUUGAACGCUAUCGCCUAAAAACAUGCAUUGACUUCAAGCCUUGGACCGGAGAAGCUAACUAUAUCUCGGUGAUCAAGGAUAGCGGCUGCUGGUCUUACGUGGGAAAUAGGAAUGUUGGGAGGCAAGAGCUCUCCAUCGGGGAAAACUGUGACAGAAUAGCAACUGUUCAACACGAGUUCCUCCAUGCGCUGGGCUUCUGGCAUGAGCAGUCACGUUCUGAUCGGGAUGACUAUGUCACGAUAAUGUGGGACAGAAUUCUGUCAGGCAGAGAGCACAAUUUUAACAUCUAUGAUGACGAAGUAUCAGAUUCUCUGAAUGUUCCCUAUGACUACAAUUCAGUAAUGCACUACAGUAAAACUGCAUUCCAAAAUGGAACAGAACCAACAAUUGUAACAAGAAUCUCAGACUUCCUGGAUGUGAUCGGCCAACGCAUGGAUUUCAGUGACUAUGAUCUCCUAAAGCUGAAUCAACUGUAUAACUGCACCUCCUCCUUGAGCUUUAUGGACUCGUGCGAUUUUGAACUGGAAAAUGUGUGUGGUAUGGUUCAAAGUUCAGGUGAUAAUGCUGACUGGCAGCGGGUUUCAGAGGUUCCCGUGGGGCCAGAGAACGACCACUCUAACAUGGGCCAGUGCCAAGGUUCUGGUUUCUUCAUGCAUUUCGACAGUAGCUCUGUAAAUGUGGGGGCCACAGCAGUGCUGGAAAGUAGAACAUUUUACCCUAAAAGAGGAUUUCAGUGCUUGCAAUUUUUUUUAUAUAGCAGUGGAAGUGAAAAUGACCAACUGAACAUCUACAUCAGGGAGUAUUCUGCAGACGAUGUGGAUGGUAAUUUAACCCUUGUGGAAGAAAUAAAAGAUAUACCCAUUGGGAGCUGGCAACUUUACCAUGUAACAUUGGCAGCAACCAACAAAUUUAGAGUGGUGUUUGGAGGAGUCAGAGGCACUGGUGCAUCACUGGGUGGCCUGUCUAUUGAUGACAUCAAUCUUUCAGAAACACAAUGCCCUCAUCAUACCUGGCAUAUAAGGAAUUUCACACAGUUCAUUGGCAGCCCAGAUGGAACUCUAUAUAGCCCUGCAUUUUAUUCUUCUAAAGGUUAUGCCUUUCAGAUUUUCUUGAAUCUAAACCAUUCAACUAGUGCAGGAAUAUAUUUCCACUUGAUCUCUGGAGCCAACGAUGAUCAAUUACAGUGGCCGUGUCCUUGGCAACAAGCCACGAUGACACUCUUGGAUCAAAAUCCUGACAUUCGAGAGCGUAUGUCCAACCAGCGGAGUAUAACUACAGACCCAUUUAUGACCACCGAUGAUGGAAACUAUUUUUGGGACAGGCCUUCCAUAGUGGGAGAAGUGGCUUUUUUCUCUAAUGGAACUCAAUUUAGAAGAGGUGGGGGCUAUGGAACCAGUGCCUUUAUAACCUACGAGAGGCUGAAAAGCAGAGAUUUUAUAAAAGGAAAUGAUGUUUAUAUCCUACUGACAGUGGAAGACAUAUCCCACCUUAAUUCUACACAAACUCAGCCAAACCCAACCUCUAGCAUCAAUGACCUUUGCGUAAACCUCCAGUGUGAGAACGAUGGCAUCUGCACUGUCCAAGAUGGCAAAGCUGAGUGCAGGUGUCGAUCAGGGGAAGACUGGUGGUACAUGGGAGAAAGGUGUGAGAAGAGAGGCUCCCGUCGCGACACCAUUGUCAUUGCCACUUCUUCCACUGUUGCUGUGUUUGCCCUGAUGCUGAUAGUCACCCUCAUCAGUGUCUACUGUACCAGGAAGAGAUACCAUAAAAAGACAAGUUCAAAUACAGCAGAUAUGACUCUGGAAAAUGUAAGUUGA